CUGUUAUAUAUAUGAGAUCAAGUUCCUUUUAUUUUCCAUUCGAAAGGAGUCUUAUUUUCCUUGAGAAAUCCACUGAAGGGUUCUUUGUUUCUAGAUAAAUGACAAACAGGCUAGAAGGCAAGGUUGCCGUAAUAACUGGUGGCGCCAGUGGCAUAGGGGAAACCUCGGCCAGGCUUUUCGUCAAACAUGGCGCUAAGGUUGUCAUUGCUGAUCUCCAAGAUAAACUCGGCCAGGCUGUCUGCGAAAGCAUAGGAUCUCCAGAAGUCAUUUCCUAUGUCCACUGCGACGUAACUAAUGACACCGAUGUUCAAAAUGCAGUGGACACGGCUGUUUCCAAGUACGGUAAACUAGACAUAAUGUUUGGGAAUGCUGGUGUCCCCGGCAAGGGCGACACAUCAAUUUAGGCUACCGAAUAUGAAGAUUACAAGAGGGUUUUCGACGUUAAUGUUUUUGGCAUGUUUCUAUGCGCCAAACACGCUGCAAGGGUAAUGAUUCCGGCCAAGAAAGGGAGCAUUAUCUUUACUUCUAGUGUCGCCUCUGUGAUUUAUUGGGAUAUUCCUCAUGCUUAUGCUACAUCCAAAACUGCAAUAGUAGGGUUUACAAAGAAUUUGUGUGUUGAAAUGGGAAAGCAUGGAAUUAGAGUCAAUUGCAUUUCUCCUUUUGCUAUUGCUACACCAAUGAUGAUGACUGGGUUCAAAGACACAGGAAAGGAGAAAGUGGAGGAAUUGAUACAUGAAAUUGCAAAUUUGAAAGAGACAAUCCCAGAGACAAAUGAUAUAGCUGAGGCUGCCCUGUUCCUGGCCAGUGAUGGAUCCAAGUAUGUAAGUGGGCAGAAUCUAGUCAUUGAUGGGGGUUACAGUGUUACUAAUGUUGCUCUGAGAGAAGGCCUAAAGAAAAUAUUUUCUUGAUUCAGUUUAUUGUCAUCAUGGUCAUAAAAAUAGUUGUGUUAUUUCUGGUUCCUGAAUUGCAUUGAGAUGCAUUAGGACUGUGAGGAUCCAAUUAAUAAGAUUUUAAUUUCUUUCUCAUCUUUAA